AUGGCCGUCAAACAAACCCUCCAAGCCAAAUAUCGACUGCUGUCAGGCCAUGAGAUCCCAAUCCUCGGGUAUGGGGUUUAUAUGAUUCCCGCAUCCUCGACCGAGAAAGCCACCCGAGAAGCCUUCAACGUCGGAUUCCGCCAUGUUGAUUCAGCCAUUAUGUACCGCAAUGAGAAGCCCUGCGGCCAGGCGAUCAAAAAUUCCGGACUCGAACGCUCUGAGCUCUUCUUCACCACCAAGAUCCCUCCCGGAUCCAUGGGAUACGAGCGCACGAGGAGAUCCAUUGACUCGAGUCUGCGGGAAGCAGCGCAGGAAUACUUUGAUCUAAUCCUGAUACAUGCCCCCUACGGCGGCAAAGAAGCCCGUCUAGGAUCGUGGGACGCACUGGUCGAAGCCCAGAAAGCAGGAAAAGUCAAGUCGAUAGGCGUCUCCAACUACGGCCUCCACCACCUCGAAGAGCUGGACGAGUACAUCCGCGGCGGUGGCGGCGGCGAGAUCUCAGUCGGGCAGUAUGAGCUGCACCCGUGGCUGGACCACUCGGAUAUCGUUUCGUGGCUGCAGCAGCGCAAGAUCAUUGUGGAGGCAUACUCGCCGCUAGCGCAUGGUAGCCGAUUCCGCGAACCGGUGCUGCAGGCGAUUGGGAAGAAGUAUGGCAAGUCGCCGGCGCAGGUGUUGAUUCGGUGGAGCUUGCAGAUGGGAUUCGUGCCUCUGCCCAAGUCUGCUACGCCGCAACGCAUCCGGGAGAAUAUUGAUGUAUUUGACUUUGAAUUGUCGGCUGAGGAUAUGGAGUUGUUGGAUACGGGUGAAUACUCGCCCACGGACUGGGACCCGACUGUCGAUGUGGACUAA